ACCUAAAAAAAGAGUAAACGUCAGCUCGCAAACGACAGAUUUCCUGAGAUUUUCGUAUGUAAAUUUAAAAUGCUGUAAAAGUCAUGAUAAUGCUCAGGAAUUUCCUUAAAACCCUUGUGGAUAUCUACUGAAGUGAAUUCCGUGGCGGUGGCACUUGAAUGGAUGGUAGUGACUUGGAUUCUGCGGACGAGUAUACGAGUCUGAUGGACGCCCACGUCGCAGAGAGCAGGACUGAUAGUACAGGCCUGGUGACUGAGAGGAAAAAGCGAAAAUCGAGGACAUCCGCCAGUGAGGAGGUCGACACCCUCCCAGAGGUUCGGAUAGAAAACCCAGGCUCCUCCGCCUUCUUCUCGACCUCCAGAGCCCCAAGCAACCCCCAAGCUCCAGGAGCUGAUCCAGGAGACUACCAACAAGAUGACGAAGAGGAGGAACUCAAGUAUGGAGCUGCCCAUGUGAUAAAACUUUUUGUACCGGUGUCACUGUGCAUGCUGGUGGUUGUUGCGACCAUUAGCUCCAUCACCUUUUACACGACCAAAGAUGUCUACCUAGUGUACACGCCCUUCCACGAUGACACUGACGAUACAAGCACGAAAGUUUGGCAGGCCGUAGCCAAUUCUCUGAUCCUUCUCUGUGUCAUCGUUUGCAUGACUGUCAUCCUCAUUAUUCUGUAUAAAUACAGAUUUUACAAAGUUAUUCAUGGAUGGCUGAUAAUAAGUUCUCUCAUGCUGUUGUUUAUAUUCACAACUCUCUAUUGUGAAGAGAUACUCAAGGCUUACAACAUUCCAAUGGACCUGAUUACACUAGUAAUUGUUUUGUGGAACUUUGGAGCCGUUGGGAUGAUCUGUAUCCACUGGCAGGGGCCUCUGGCUCUUCAACAAGCUUAUUUGAUAUUCAUCGCUGCACUGAUGGCUCUUGUAUUCAUCAAGUAUUUGCCUGAGUGGACCGCCUGGGUGGUGCUUGCUGUUAUCAGCUUCUGGGACUUAAUUGCUGUAUUGACACCCAAAGGACCCCUUAGGAUCCUCGUAGAGACUGCUCAAGAGCGAAACGAACCGAUAUUCCCCGCUCUCAUCUACUCAUCGACCAUUUUAUACAGUUUCACUGUUACUUAUGCUGGAUAUGUUGGAGCUGCAACGAUGGCAAGUGGGGACACUGUUGAGGGAGAGGGUAUGGCCUCACCAGCACGAGCACAGUUGCAAAAUCAAAAUACUGCCGGGGAGCAGGAGGAGAGUGGAUUCACUACUGAAUGGGUUGACAAUCAUGGGGAAAGAGGAGCGAGGAGGGCUCAACUGGUCUCUGACCCGGUAGACACAGCCAGGAGAAGCACUCAACAACCUCUAGGCCACAAUCAGUCUCAAGCAUCAGUUCCUGAGGAAGAACGUGGAGUCAAACUUGGACUUGGAGAUUUCAUUUUCUACAGUGUUCUGGUCGGAAAGGCGUCGAGUUAUGGGGAUUGGAAUACAACUCUUGCCUGCUUUGUAGCUAUUUUGAUUGGAUUAUGUCUCACACUUCUCCUCCUCGCGAUAUUCAAGAAAGCACUUCCUGCGUUACCAAUAUCCAUUACCUUCGGAUUGAUAUUCUACUUCGCAACCCGAGUAAUUGUUGCUCCAUUCGCCGACAGUUUGGCCAGUGAACAAGUAUUUAUUUAAUCUUAAGUUUUCAUAAAAUCAAAAGACUUGUUGGUAAUUUAUUUCGAAUGAUAUUUGAUCAUUCAUUCCAUUUCAUUAUUUCACUCCCCUUUGUCCAGUUAUUGGCUCAUUAAUUGAUUCAAUUCAAUGACGAUUAGUCAUUUGUACAAAGCCAAUUAGAGAGAAUAGUGCGAGAUAAUUAUUCUUUUUUAACGAAUGUAAAAUAGUUGUAGCACCUUAUCAAUGAUAUAAUCAAUUCAUUAAUAAUAACUUUGAAUUGAAUUUAUUCAUAUAAUAAUUGAUAAUUAAUAAAUGGGAAUUUUAUGAUAAUAGCGUGAUAUAUUUUCGAUCAUAUGUACAGAACAGAUCUCCUUUUUAUUUAUACCUUUUACGUAGAAAAAAUUGUUCGAGGAACAUGAGGUAAUGUAUGUCGAAUAACUGUCAUUCCAUUCCUACUCACAAUUAUUCAUUACUCAUUAAGAUGAUUAGGAACCACUAGACACCAGGGGGUAGUUUUAAGUUCGUUUUGCACAGCCAUGGGACUAAUUAUACAGCGAAAUGGUGA